CUUAGUAUGCUGUCGGAAUUUUUGCACUGGUGCCACGCUCAGUCAGGCUCUCCGUGUAAAGUGUAAACCACCUACGGUACAGCAGCGCGCAUUACUUUACACGUAAACAUACGACAGGCAUGCAAUAAAAAGUGCUUUAUCACGCGACCACCUGACCAAUGAGAAACGCGUUGCUUUUAAUCGCCCGUUAUCUCUGCUUUAUCGUUGCACGUCGCGGACGGUAAAAAAGUAAAAACGAGACAAUUGCAAUAUUCAGCUGACCGGAAGAAGUGCGAAAUGUGCUUCGGAGGAAUAUUUAUUGUAACAGCGCCACCCUUUUUUGUUAACAUAAACUUUAUGGUGUAAGCCGUAAGGGCUGGAGUGUGUGCGUGAGUGAGUGCACUAGAGAGUGCCUUGGUGAAAAUUACCCGUGUCCGUGCUUAUUUUAUAGUGCUUCCCGUUGUGCGAGGCAUUUCUUAUCUGCCUCGGAAAGCACUCUUUCCUCCAUUUAAUUACAUACUUCGCAUGAGUCCUUAUCACUGGAUUAUUAAUAGUACCUGUGCUCUUGGAUAUUUGGAAAGUUUUGGGUAUACCUAUUUAGAGAAUAGUUGCUAUUCCUAUCGGCUUCAAGUUAUGAUUUUAUAUUCAUUCAAAGAGAACAACAAUUCUUAUUGUACUUUUGAACAGAAAAUGUGUGCAUUCGUGAUCGUCGUAUAUUCUAAAUGAUCGAGAUUGGAUGAGGAUUUAACAAUUGUGGAGUGAGUUGGUUUUUCUGUACAUUAAGGAAUAUCGAAAUAUUAGUGACCCGACUAGUUUUGUGAUUGCAAAGUGGCAAAAAUCGGUGCGCAAUGCACUGACAAAUUUUAGAACGUGUUGUUUGACUGACUUGAAGUCGAAGACAAUAUAAGGCUUGACUGACUAAAGGUCGUAAGUGCAUCGAAUUCUUCAGAGUCAUGACGCUAAAAAAAGAAAAGAAGAAGUCCAUUUCGAAAAAAGUGGCGAAUAAGACAAAUGCGAAAGCCGUCAAUUCAACCGAAGAAGCCCUGAAGUCUCAAGUAAGGAUUCCCAGCAAAGUCUCAAAGGAGCACAAGCACUCCGAUAAGCCGGAAUCAGGUCAAGCGUUCAAUCAGUUAGAAGCGGAAGGAAGUUGCAAGCUCGACCGCAAGCCGUCGCUCCGACGGAAGCUUGGGGCGUUGAUAAAAGGAGGUGCCGAGUUACCGGCCGCGAUAAAUCGAGGCUUGCAACCGAUACGAAGGAGUUUGAGUUUCAGCAAGGAUUUAAACCGUACUCCCGAGAAGAAACCUUACAGAACCAGAAGUGUUCAGUGGUACAACAGUCUAAGCUCAUUGGCGGAAAAUGAUCCAAUUCUCGAGGACAGCGAAUCUUUUAUAUCUGACAAUGAGGAAGAAAUUUAUCCUGGAAAAGUCAUCACCAGGAAUUACAGCCUUCUCGAAAAAUAUCCCACCGUUUCCAGUGAGCUACAUUUUUUACCUGAAUAAAUUAUCAGAACACU